AUGAGAAAUACUCCACCUCCUCCUCCUCCCCUUCCUCCUCAUACUACUACUACUACUACUACUACUACUACUACUACUACUACUACUACUACUACUACUACUACUACUACUACUACUACUACUACUACUACUACUACUACUACUACUACUACCACUACCACUACUAACACCACUACUACUACUACUACUACUACUACUACCACUACUACUACUACGACUACGACUACUACUACGACUACGACUACUACUACUACUACUACUACUACUACUACUACUACUACUACUACUACUACUACUACUACUACUACUACUACUACUACUACUACUACUACUACUACUACUACUACUACUACUACUACUACUACUACUACUACUACUACUACUACUACUACUACUACUACUACUACUACUACUACUACUACUACUACUACUACUACUACUACUACUACUACUACUACUACUACUACUACUACUACUACUACUACUACUACUACUACUACUACUACUACUACUACUACUACUACUACUACUACUACUACUACUACUACUACUACUACUACUACUACUACUACUACUACUACUACUACUACUACUACUACUACUACUACUACUACUACUACUACUACUACUACUACUACUACCACUACUACGACUACUACUACUACUACUACUACUACUAUUGUUACUACGAACAAUAACUCAACUAAUCGAAACAAUUUUGUGCUCAUUUACUGUCAGAAUUAA